AUGAACUCCCGAAAGAGUGGGAAUCUGGAGGAAGAGCUCCUCUUUCGUGAAGCAGCCGAGUUUGUCUCCGCGGGAGCGGCUUACGGUUGGGACGAAGAAGGCCAAGAAUGGCGAACGCUUUACGGUCUCUUCAAAGUUGCCGCAUGCGGCCCGUGCGCCACGAAGAAACCCCCAACGGACUGCGGAGGCUUGGAGGGGUGGAAGUGGGAGACGUGGAUGCAGGCUUCGGCCCUCCACCAGUCUGCAGCUACUGCAUCUGAGCAUUUUCUCUUUCUCCUCGCGGCGCUCCGCCCAGAGUGGCAAGAAGAAAAGAAGCGGAUUGACCUGACUCGAGGCGGACGACUCUCGCCUUCCUCUCCCUCCGACGCGUCCUCCGGCAAAACGUCGCGUGCGCCUUCGCUCGCGGCAACCCGGCAGGCGCGCGAACCCUCGCGCGCGUCUCCAGAAUCCCGAGAAGCACAAGGCGCCCAGGCAAGAAGCGAGAACAGCUUCAAAGAAAAGGACAGGCAGGCGGCGACACAGAGCGAUCACGGCCUGCUUUCGCAGAGUGGAGAAAAGAGUGCUGGAAACGCGGAUGCGUUGCAUUCCCCCGAAAGACCCCACGAGAACGGCCGUCGUGGAAUCGCGUUCGAGUCUACUUCUUCGACUCUGAGUUGCACUCGAGGAUCUGCGCUCGACGCUUCUUCGUCUCCGUCUCCACUACGCGUCUCGCCGUCGCCGGCGCUCUCUGCUUCCGCUUCCCAGGAGUCUCAGGAGGCGCUGGCAUUCUCUCGGCAGUCUGCAGAGCCUCCCAGCAACGCAUCGAGGCGGUCUGAUCUGCCUCGAACAGGCGGCGCUCUCGAAACGCGGGAGGGCGAGGUUUCGCAGCAGGAGACGCGCCUCCGCCUCGUUGCAACGCCCGUCGAAAGCAAAGACAACCGGGACAGCAAACAAGGCCCCGCUUCGCCGACACAGGCUGCCAGCAACCAAGACACCCUCCUUCGCUAUCCCCUGCCCGAGGACCGACUCGUCUCAACUCGCUCUCGUCAGGAGUCUCCUUCGCCUAAUUUUCGUUCCCAGUUUCCCUCUUUUUCUAAUGGUUCCUCGUCUGUGGGCGCUGCAGUGGCUGCACAGCCGUCGGCGCUGCGUGCCUCGGCGAGAGGUGGGGAGGCCUCUGACGGGAGCGACAUCUCGGUUUCGUCUCCGGACGGUUUGGACUGCGGCGAAGAAGGCGCCGUGCAAAAGAUCGGAAGCAUGGAGCGCACGCCGAGUCAGCAGUACUACAACAGUCUUUUCGCGCCUGACGACAACGCCGACCUGAGCGGCAUGGCGAUCUGGAGCUUCACAGUCAGAUGGCAAACGCCAACCGGAGCCGAGUCCUGGACGGCCUACCCGGACGCAGCUUUUGCGCCGGCCUCUGCGUCGAUCAACGAUUUGCGGAGUGCGUCCUGGACGUCGCUGCCAGGGGCCGAGAAGGAGAUUCCGCCCAAUCCCGACGAGAAAGAGUGGAACUUUAUGCACCUUGGCCUGACCAGCGAAGACCAGGCUCUCAACUGGCUAGACGCAAUCCGCGCAGCAAUUUCGGCGUGCCGUUUGCGGCCGCCUGCGCUCCAACUGCCGACGCUUCGUCUUCCGCCUCCGCAAAUUUUUCUUCCUCUCUCGCGUCUUAUUUCCCACGCGUUGCCGCUGUCCUACAUUGCACGGCCUUCUCGAUCUCCUGCCUCCAGCCUCGUUUCCUCUCGAGUCUCGCGACACCAGAGUCAACCUUCUGCAAUCGGUGCGGAGAAAACGUCUCCUCCUUCCUCGUCUCCUCCCCCUCCUUCUGCUUCUUCCUCUUCUUCUUCGUCUUCCGCUUCUCCUCGCCCUUCCGCUGUCCUCACCGCUGCAUGCCCACUUCCUGCUUCGCCUGUCUCCGCGUCCUCGGGUGUCUCCUCUGCGGCGCGAGGGAGAAGCGAAGCGCACAGUCGCCAGUGUCUGAAACUGCCUCGCUGCCUUCGACCGCUCGCGCUGCGCCUCUACCAGCAAGCGGCGAGUCUGCACUUCCACUCUGCGGGCUUACCUGGAAACUCCAAAUGGACUCCAGUGCACAUGAUUGGGGGCCGAGCUGUCUGUGUGAAUUCCUCCAAUUCACGACAGUGGUUGUCUUACACCAUCCUCGACGUUCCUCUGGAAGUCGUUCUCCAACUCCUCGCGGACCCAAAUUUGCUGGCAGCGGCUGCGACGUCUCCCCGCCCCAGCCGGGGCCGCAACUCCUGGCUGCUCCUGGACGUCUUCGACUCUGGGAAAAAAUCUUCUUCUUUCUCGCCAAAUUCUCUCUCUUCUUCUCUUUCUUCUCUUUCUCCUCUUUCUCCUCUUUCUUCUUCGUGGCGUGCGUCGUCUGUGUCGAGAGCUGUGGAGUUUUCGAAGCCCAGUGGGCUCUCUGGCGGCCUGGAGCGUCUCGGAGAGGAUGCGAAGGGUGAAUGCGAGGCAGACUUCAUUCAGCUGGAGUCCCCGCUCCUCCCUCUCGAAGCUUCGCAUCCGCCAAACGCGGUUCUCCGCGCCGAGAACGGCGCGGGGGCGCAGAGCCUCAUGAGUCGAGCGCUCUUUGAGUUGUUGUUUCCGCUCGUCGUUGGUUUUCUCCUCGCGUUUCUCUUUUUGCCGCGAUCGCCUCUCGCCUUCUUCGCCGCCUUCCUCCUGCUCUUUGUCGCCGCGAUGAGGUUCCUGCCUUUCACCCGUACGGCGCGCGUCAGACUUCUCCGAUCCGGUUGGACAGAGAAAAGUGGGUUUUCCCGGAAGAUCCGUGAAGUGCUCCAUCGCGCCUCCCUCGGCCUCUCUGCUCGCCCCCUGGACGUCGAUGUGGAGUUUAUGGGAUGGGAGCUUCGCCGCAACGCGCGAAACCCGUGGGGAAGUACCAGCGUCACGUGUUUCGUCCAUUUCAGUCCUCAGCAAACCGAUCCUCUGGCUGCCGCGUGUCUUCCGCCUCCCCGCAAGAAAAAACCCCAACCGCCUUCUUCCUCUUCUUCCUCUGCAUCUUCUUCCUCUUCUACCUCUUCAUCUUCUUCGUCGUCUCUUUCGCUGUGGAGCCUAUCUGUGGCGUCUCUAGCGCAUCAGGCAGUUGCGUCUCCGGGUUCUGUGCCUUCGUGGGCGUUGAGUCUACUGCUUCUUCUCGGGGAUCGAGGCCGAAGAGAAAGUGCUUGGGGGGGAAAGAAUCUCCUUCUUUCCUCUUUGCUCGCGGUUCGUCUCUUUGAGCACCUCGACUGGCUUCGGGGCGUUACUGGGCUGGCGAAGGCGCCGUCAGAGAACGCGGACGCUCACUCCGGACGCGCUCCAUCCGCCGUGAUCUCGACAUCCGCGUCUUCUGACCCGUUGCCUGACUCCACUCCUUUCCUCCCGUCGGCGCAAGUCGCAAAUCGAUCGGGAGAGACGCUCCUUGCUUCAGUCUCGUCGGGACCGUCAGAUUCUGGAGAUUCGCGAGGUUGGGAGGACGACUUGGCAGUCGCGUCGGCUGUCAACGCUGAGCAACACAGGCGGGUCGAGGCGCUCAUGUACACCGGUCCUGAGGAAAUGUCCGCCAAGCAGCGAGAUGCGCUGCAUGUCUUGCUGCGACGCUACACCGCCUACGGCGUCUUCCACCGCGACGUUCUUCUCUUCCUCCACGUGGCAAAUUGGAAUGUGCACGUUGCAGAUGCACUGCUCCAUCAGCUGCUUUCGUGGAAAUCGGACGCAUGCAUCGACCGCCUGGAAGCUCGGCAUGUGCACAAAGAACUCUCCAAGUGUUGGGGCUACCUGUAUAGCCACGAUCGUCUGGGGCGUCCGUGUUUGGUUCUCCGUCUCGCAAAUCUUUCGGUCUCUUCUCUCUCGUCGUCUUGUGGAGAGACGGACUGGAAACUCGCCCUCGUUUUCCUCGUUGAGGAGGCGGUGAAGAGCAUGGGCCGCGACGUGGAGCAACUCAUUGUUCUUCUCGACGCGAAAAACCUCUCUUUCAAGAAUCUUCCGAUCCCGGAAAUCCUGCAAAUGCAGGUGACGCUCCAGGCCUUCUACCCGGAAAGACUCGGCCUCGUUCUGGUCAUCAACGCGAACUGGCAAGCGAAGCUUCUCUGGCUAUCCCUGCGAGCGCAACUGAGUGGUUUGACGAGGUCCAAGAUCUUUUUCCUUCCUUCGCAGCCUGCGAGACUGCGCGAGUUCCUCCUCACAUUCUUCGAAGAAUCGAGACUGCCGAAAUGGUGCUUGCAACUCUUUUGA